AUGGAGGCGAAUCAAGCGUUUAGAGGACGUAUUUCAUCCGUGAAUGCACUCUGGGGCGAAAGUGCAGGAAAAAAUGCCUUAAAAAAUCAUAAUCCACUGCCAACGAAAAUAACUGGAGCCCUUUCGCAGGAACAGAUAGUGGCAUAUCAGGCAAUGUUCAGAAUCCAGGAAAUCACCACUAAGCUUAGAACGAGGGACCUUUAUCCGCCCGAAAGACGACAGCGGUCGGUUUCGCCUCCUCCAGUUUACGAUGCUAGGGGCAGGAGGAUGAAUACUCGGGAGCAGCGAUACCGCAGGAAAUUGGAAGAGGAAAGGCAUCGCCUAGUUGAAGUGGCUCUCAAAAUGAUACCACAUUUUGUUGCUCCUGAUGAUUACAGAAGGCCGACGAAAUUCCAAGAUAAAUACUACAUUCCCACGGACAAAUACCCGGAAAUAAACUUCAUGGGACUUCUCUUGGGACCGCGGGGGAACACUUUGAGGAAACUUCAGGAAGAUUCGGGUUGUAAGAUUGCUAUAAGAGGUCAGGGUUCCGUGAAAGAGGGUAAAAAUGCAUCUGAACUACCAAAGGGAGCCAUGAAUUUCGAAGAACCGCUGCACUGCAUUAUAUCUGCUGACAGUGAAGAAAAACUACGGAAGGGCCUCAAAGUGUGCGAAAAUAUUGUUAUAAAGGCAGUUACAUCACCCGAAGGACAAAACGAUUUGAAACGUGGUCAACUUAGGGAAUUAGCAGAGCUCAAUGGUACACUUAGGGAAGACAAUAGGCCAUGUGCAAUUUGUGGAUUGAGGGGCCAUCGUAGAUUUGAAUGUCCUGACAGAACAACAUUUUCACAACGUGUUAUAUGCCAGCGAUGCAAGAGACCAGGCCAUGUAACCAGAGAUUGCACUUUCACCGAUGGCGGUAUGCCGAAUCCGACGGAGGGUUCAUCAGCGAAUCCUGCUAUGCUUUACCAAAGAAAUAUGGACGCCCGAGAGCCUUUUAAGCGCCGAUUCGAUGAAGACAGUUACGGUGCACCGGAAAGCGACUGGAAACGACGGAAUACUGAUAGGGAACUUGAUUUUGAUUUAAGUUCGAACGCGAACAUGGAACCUUUAGCAGCCCCUUCCACAUAUAAAUCAAGAAGGUCACGAUACGUGGCUGAUAAGACAGCGUUCGAAAGCAAAGAAAAUACUCUCAAUAUGCUCUCAGCACCACCGGGCCUUGAGGGGCAAGAAGUGGGUAAUUUCGAAACACAUAAACAAAUGACGCCUGCACCCGGUUUGGAUGUCCCUCCAGGCAUUGAACAAUCUGCACCAAUAUAUGGGCCAGGCGAAGCUAGCACUAGUGAAAAUCCUAGUGUAUCAGGCAUCAGUGCCCCACCGGGACUUUCUUUGGGGACAGUAUUGGAAGCUCCACCAGGAAUGACUUUCGCCGCGAAUGGUAAUGACACUAAUGAUUCCAUCGAUGACGCAAGGGAUGAGUCAACGUCAACACCUGGGCUGGGUGGGCCUAGCAGUAUUGAGCAAUGUUCAAGUGUACUAGGCAUGAGUGUACCACCAGGAUUUUCGGCGGGACCGGUGUUGGAAGCACCGCCAGGAAUGACCCCUUCCACAAAUAGUUCUAAUAGCAGCGAAAACAUUAAUGACACGAAAGAGCAGCCGAGGGCCGCUCCCGCCCUCAGUGGACCUCCUGGGCUCUGA